CGGGAGCGAGACCGGGCGCUUUUCGGGGCCGGCGGGGCCCGAGCCGCACCGAGCCAUGGAGAACUCGGAGCGGAGCGCGCUGCUCACGUACCGCCUGUGCGGCGGCUCGGCCGAGGAGGAGCGGGGCCGGGAGCGCGGCCGGGCCGCCACCGCCCCCCGCAAGCUGCCCACAUUCCUGGGCGUUGUGGUGCCUACGCUGCUCUCCAUGUUCAGCGUCGUCCUCUUUCUGCGCCUCGGGUUUGUGGUGGGUCAUGCUGGGUUGUACCAGGCCCUGGCCAUGUUCGCAGUGGCCUAUUUCAUCAUCGGCAUGACGGUGCUGUCUGUGUGUGCCAUUGCCACCAACGGAGCGCUGGAUGCUGGAGGAGCCUACUAUAUGAUCAGCCGUGCCCUGGGCCCGGAGUUUGGGGGCAGCAUUGGAAUCAUGUUUUUCCUGGCCAAUGUGUGUGGCAGUGCCCUCUACGUGCUGGGGCUGGUGGAGGCAGUCGUAGACAGCUUUGGGAUCCCACCUGGGCAAAAAGAGGGCACAGGUGUCCACGUCCUGCCCCAGAGCUACUGGUAUGAGCUGCUCUAUGGCACUGUGCUGCUGGCACUGUGCCUCCUCGUGUGCCUCGUGGGCGCCUCCAUCUACGCCAAGGCCACCUUCCUCAUCUUCCUCAUCGUCGCGGGUGUCCUGGGCACCGUCCUUGUCAGCUUCUUCGCCACGCGGCCCAUCAGGGUGCCCAUCCGCCUGCCCUACCUCAAUGGCUCAGAGAUCGAGAACGGCUCCUUCACUGGCUUCUCCCUCGACACCCUGCAAAAAAACCUGGGGGGUGACUAUGAGGUGGACUACACCACCGGGCAGAAGAUGAGCUUCAGCUCUGUCUUUGCGGUGAUGUUCAACGGCUGCACCGGCAUCAUGGCAGGCUCCAACAUGUCAGGGGACCUGAAGCGCCCAAGCUACUCCAUCCCACGGGGCACCAUCUCCGCUGUGCUCUUCACCUACCUCGUCUACAACCUGCUGGCUUUCCUCAUGUGUGCCACCUGCAACAGGGUCCUCCUGCAGAAAGACUAUGGCUUCUUGCAUGACAUCAGUAUCUUCCCUCCCCUGGUCACCGUGGGCAUCUACGCUGCCACCCUCUCUGCAGCUAUGAGCAACCUCAUCGGGGCAUCCCGCAUCCUGUACGCCCUGGCCCGGGAUGAUCUCUUUGGCCGGGCGCUGGCUCUGGCCAAGAAGACAUCUGCCAGUGGGAACCCGGUGAUGGCAGUGAUCCUCUCCUGGCUGGUGGUGCAGCUGGUGCUCUUCUCUGGGAAGCUCAACACCAUUGCAGGGGUUGUGACCACCUUCUUCCUCCUGGUUUAUGCCACUGUCAACCUGGCCUGCCUGGCACUGGAAUGGGCAUCAGCCCCCAACUUCAGGCCCACUUUCCGGUACUUCACCUGGCAUACUUGCCUGCUGGGCAUCGCAGGCUGCUGCGUCAUGAUGUUCCUCAUCAGCCCUGUGUCAGCCUCAGCGAGCCUGGGGUUCCUGCUCGUCCUCCUCCUCGCCCUCCACUACCUCUCUCCCAGCAGCACCUGGGGCUACAUCAGCCAGGCCCUCAUUUUUCAUCAGGUGCGCAAGUACCUGCUGAUGCUGGAUGUGCGGAAGGACCACGUCAAGUUCUGGCGCCCGCAGAUGCUGCUGAUGGUGCAGAACCCGCGAGGCAGUGCCCGCCUCAUUGACUUCGUCAAUGAUCUCAAGAAGAGCGGCCUCUACAUCCUGGGACAUGUCGAGCUGCAGGACUUGGACACGCUGCCCUCAGACCCGCUGCAGUCCCAGCAGGACUCAUGGCUCAGCCUGGUGGACAAGCUGAAUGUCAAGGCCUUUGUCAGCCUCACCCUUGCGCCCUCGGUCCGGCACGGUGUUCGACAGCUCCUCUUCACCUCUGGCCUUGGUGGGAUGCGCCCCAACACCCUGGUGCUGGGCUUCUAUGAUGACGAGGCACCGCAGGAUGGUCUAGCCCAUCACCCUGCCUUCACCAGCACCCGCGAGGAGGUUCCCUUGGGCUUUCCCCCGCUGCGGGCACCCACCUCCCCCAAGCUGCUCUCGGCCCGGGAGUACGUGGGUAUUGUGGCUGAUGCCCUGAAGAUGCUUCGCAACGUCCUGCUGGCCCGGCAGCUGGAGAGCCUGGACAAGGCCUGGGAGCUGCGGCGGGCUGCCAGCCCCCCACCCACCAUCCACGUCUGGCCAGUCAACCUGCUGCGGCCCGACAGCGCCCGCUACGCCGACACCUGCAGCCUGUUCCUGCUGCAGAUGGCCUGUGUCCUCAACAUGGCGCGGGCCUGGCGCCGCGCCCGCCUGCGCCUCUUCCUCUGUGUGGAGGCGGGUACUAUGCCCCAUGCCCAGGAGGAGAAGCUGCGCCAGCUCCUCAAGGACUUGCGCAUCCAGGCCCAGAUCCAGCUGGUGCCCUGGGACGCCAUCACCCGCCUGCACUGGCAAACCUGCCGGGGACCCCCGGGGGGGCCAGCAGAGGAGGAGGAGGAGGAAGAAGAGGAAGGGGUUGUGAACUUCCCGACCAACACCACCCAAGUGUCAGACGAGUAUGUGCGUGCAGCCAACAAACUGGUCCUGGAGCAGAGCCCCGCGCCGGCCGUGCGCUUCCUUUACUUGCCACGGCCGCCGGCCGACACCAGCCUCUACCCGCUCUACCUGCACCAGCUGGAGCUGCUCACCCGCGGACUGGGCCCCACCGUGCUGGUGCACGGGGUGAGUGCCGUCACCAGCACCCAGCUCUAGGUCAUCCUGCUCUCUGCACCCUCUUUUGCCCAGUGCCUUUUGCAGCCUAAGCCUGGGGAUGCCCCCAGCCCUGGUGUCCCCACCCUGGUGGGCAAAGAAGGGUCAGUACCCCACUGUGGGAGAUAGGUAAGGAAGAGGGAUUGCUUUUUGGGGUUGUCUCCUGCAGAGGAUUAAAGCUGCCCUGGCAGGAUCCAGACACAGCCCUGGUGCUGGCCGGGCAGCACGGUGCAUUCACGGUGCCUUUUCUUUGGGCUGGUGGUGGGGGAUAGUGGGGUUCCAGGAGGUGCCAAGCACGGGGUGCCCCAGUUGGCUGCUGGGAGGCCCUUGGUUGCACCCUGCAACCCCCCUCGCGCUUCCCCCCUGCCGCAGCCCCCAUCCUCUUCUCCGCCAGCUCCUCCGGGCACCCAGCCAGCAGCAGGGAUUGAUUAAAGGCAGCCUCGACCUUGGUGCCCCGGCUCCCCGCCAUCCUCCUGCCUUUCAUUAGGAAAAAUUAAAUGGGAAAGGGUGGGGGAGGGGAGCCCAGAGGCCUGGGUUCCCUGCGUGAGGCUGGGUGGGUGGGUGGCUGGGGGGUGCUGGCCCUAAUGGCUGCAGGGUAUGGUGCCCCUGGUCUUGCUCAGCACCCCCAAUGCUCUUGUGUGGGGGGCACCCACAUGCUUUAAUCUGUAGUCCCCCCCACCCCCAUGGGUGCUGAGCUCCUGGUCCUGGCAGGAAGGGGGGAAGCGAUUAUGGUGGGGGUCCUUCCUUGCAUACCUGGGUCUCCUGGCCUUGCUCUGGGCCCUGUUUCACGGGGCAUUGUAAUCUCCCAUCACCUGCAGGGGGGGGAGCUGGCCUUGCCCCCUGCCCCCCCUUAUUGAUUAGAGGAGGGCAGGAAAUUGCCUGGGCGCUGGAAAUAAAUCCCUCGGGUGCCUGGUGGGUGGGCAGCGUGCCCAGAGCUGCGUGAUUGAUCACUUCCUAUUAGCCCCAGGACACGGGGAUGGGGGGACUGUUCCCAGCCAGGCUGGCCUCCAGCGGGGGUGAGAAGCAUGGCACUGCUGCCUGUGCCUGCUCUCACCAAGCCCAGCACUACCGCCUGCCAGCUCUGUUCAGGCAAAGGGCUGGAAAAACCCAGCUGGUCGGGUGCUGCUGGUGGGGAAAAAAUGGGGGGGACCCUUACUCCCCACAUUUUGGAAUGGAUUGUGCCCCGGUGGGUGGGCAGGGGACUGGAGCUGGCUUUGCUCCCUGCCAGGGGAGGUGGGUGCCCUGAGAUGGGCACCACACAGCCUGCGGGAUUUAUUUACAAACAGGCAGGAGCUGGCACAGGGCAGCCGGGCACCAGCGGGACCCGGCGGCCUAUAAUGUUAAUUAUCACCACGUAAUUAAAAGCCCAUAAAAAGCCUCACACUUCAUUAAAUUAAAGCUUCCCCGCACUGUGCCGAUGGGCUGCAGCACAGUUAACCUUGGCCGUGCCAGGCACCAGCUCCUCCGCAACUGGGGACCCAUAGCUGGGCAUGUGUGGGACCCAAGGCUGGGACUGUGCAGCCCCCCACAGGGUUGUGGGGUGCAGCAUUGCACAUGCAUGGGCACCUCACAACACCAUUCAUCACCCCUGCUUGCCACCCCUGCUUGCCACCCCUGCUUGGGCACACACAAGGAUGCUGUCCCUGUCCGAGGUGCCCACACAUACCGCAUGGACAUGUAUGCCACGGCACUGCUGAAGACGCACCGUUGCACGGGCCAGGGGCUGACAUGGGCUGGGGGCUGACACGGGCACGCACCAGGUGUGCACACACAGCACCAUGGCCGCUGCAAAGGCAGCGUCUCACGCUGGCACCGCAGCUCCGGCAAACCAGCUCCGGCACGCAACGCCCACGCGGCGCACACCUACACAAACAGCAUUCUUCCUUCCUCCCAACCUACAGAUGUGCAGACAAACAGCCACACAUACCCCCUGCGUCUCCUCCAGGCUCCCUCCCAUUGCUGUCAGUGCCUGCAGGCAACAGGCUGUGGGGAGAGCACCCACCUGUGCCUGCCUCCUCUGUGUGCCUCGGUUUCCCCAAGGGCUGUGCUGGAGCAGAGAGGGAUGAAUGGGGAACCUCCAAAUCCUUCUGGUGGCUGGGUGCUCUGGGUUAGGGGUGCUAUGCCAAGGUGUGGGGGGAGACAAAGUGGGGGGGGACCCUCCAGCACGCAUGUAUGCAUGUGUGUGUGAAUGUUGAAGCAGGGAUAUGCAGGGACUAGGAGAC